GGCUCAACCCCGACCGUUCGUCGCUCCUUGCAGCUGCCUCGGCAUCACGGAUCCCGGGAAGGGUCAGGAGCAGGAGACGAGAAAGUAGAUACCGUGCCUCUUCCCGGCUUUCCUUUGACCCAAACCCCGGAGGUGGGCUCAGGGGCGGGCGCUUUUGCUGACGUCUUAGUGUGCGCCGGAAGUGCCUCCCCAGGAGCGCGGCGACGAGUGGACGACUACAUUUACGGGAUCUCCAGGCGGCCCAGAGUCGUGGCUUACAAAGGAGAUGAAAUGUGGUCUGAGGGACGAUAUGACUAUGAAAGACUUCCAAGAGAAAGAGUACCUCCUCGAAGUCACCCCAGUGAUGGCUACCGUAGAGUAGUUAAUGUUGUGCCAAAGAAACCACCACUGCUAGACAGACCUGGUGAAGGAAGCUACAAUAGAUAUUACAGUCAUGUUGCUUACCGAGACUAUGACGAGGGCCGCAGUUUUUCUCAUGAUCGAAGAAGUGGUCCACCUCACAGAGGAGAUGAAUCUGGCUAUAGGUGGACAAGAGAUGAUCAUUCUGCAAGCCGACAACCUGAAUACAGGGACAUGAGAGACAGCUUUAGAAGAAAAGGUUUCUACUCCUCCCAUUAUGUGAGAGACCGGUCUCCUCAUAAAAGAGACACUCCUUUUUUCAGAGAAUCGCCUGUAGGCCGAAAGGAUUCUCCACACAGCAGAUCUGGCUCCAGUGUCAGCAGUAGGAGUUACUCUCCAGAAAGAAGCAAAACUUAUUCCUUCCAUCAGUCUCAACACAGAAAGCCCGUGCGUGCUGGUGCCUGCUACAAACGGCAGAAUGAAGGAAAGCCAGAAAGAGGUAAAGAAAGACCUGUUCAGCCUUUGAAAACAUCAAGAGACACUUCACCCUCAAGUUCUUCAGCAGUUGCUGCAUCAAAGGUAUUAGACAAACCCAGUAGGCUAACUGAAAAGGAACUUUCUGAAGCUGCAAGCAAGUGGGCCGCUGAAAAGCUAGAGAAGGCAGAUGAGAGUAACUUACCCGAAGUUUCGGAGUAUGAGGCGGGAUCCACAGCACCAUUGUUCAUUGACCAUCCAGUAGAACCUGAGUCAAAUGCAACAGAUGGCAUAGAAUUGUUCGAAGACAGUCAGCUAACCAGUCGCUCUAAAGCAAUAGCAACAAAAACCAAAGAGAUUGAACAGGUUUACCGACAAGACUGUGAAACUUUUGGGAUGGUUGUGAAAAUGCUGAUUGAAAAAGAUCCUUCAUUAGAAAAGUCUAUACAGUUUGCCUUGAGACAGAAUUUACAUGAAAUAGGUGAGCGGUGUGUUGAAGAACUCAAGCAUUUCAUUGCAGAGUAUGACACUUCAAGUCAAGAUUUUGGAGAGCCGUUUUAGAUUGCUUUCUCAGGCAAAAAAAAAAAUUUCUAGACUUUUUUCCCCCUGGAUUGUGUAAAUCCUUAAUAUAUAGAAUUUUUGUGAAGAGAAAUACUUUAUGAUAGUUGACCAUAUUUCCAAUAUCAAAUAAACAUCUAAAAUAAUCUGUUUAAGAUAUUUUAAUUAGAAUCUUUUUUAUCUACAUGUAGAGCCUUCUAAUACAUACUUAUCUUUCUUCUCCCUCUCCUAAAACAAUGGGUCAAUUAAUUGUUCAAGCUUUCUUGAAAAUGCAGUCCAAGAUUUCUGUACUUACAGGACAUGUCCUGUAGUCUUCCAUUGUUAUGUGAUCAUUUGUUUGGUCACACUAGUGUAAUUUAUAGGUUAGAAUACAUUCCACUUAAACAUUUGUAAUCUUUUUGCAUUUCAUAGUCAGUGAUACCAUGUGAAAAUGUUAGAAUUCUGAGUUGUGUUUUAUUGACUUGUUGCUUGCUUACCUUAGGCUUUGUAACUUUCAAUAUGUUUAAGUAUAUUCAAAUAAACUGAAUACUUUGGUAUCUUGGGGAAUAUUUGCUUUGAGGAUAAUUCUCAUUGUGAUGAAAUAGAGCAUUUAAAUCUCUGAAAGACACCUCAUAAUAAAAUCCUGUUUUCCAAGUAAAUGAACUCAAUGUCUUCUGUUAAAAUAAUCCUGAAACGUCUGACUGGUCUCACUGCUGUGUGAGUCUUAAAUAUUAUCCACAUAGAAGGCUAACAGAAGGGGAAGUUGGAGAUGAAAGAUGAGGCCUAUUUUAAAAUUGUGAUUUCUUUAAAAAUUUCUAAAUUUUUAAAAAGAAAAAAUAAAGAAUGUGGGGAAGUAGUGGAGUUCAUUUUAUCUAUAGGCCCAUAUUCCCCAUCUCAAGAAAGAACGUGAUUGAUAACAUAUCCAUGAUUAAACACAUUAUGCCUUUGUUAAUCUAUGUUUGUAAUCCAACAAACUCUUGUUCUGCUGUCCUUUUUAGGGGCUCAUAGCCUUCUCAAAAUGUUUCUGAAGUAGGCAGUAAGCCUAGCACAUCUACCCUUCACCAAGCUGCCUGUGUAAACAGUCCUUCAUGAGCGAGCCAUCCAAAUCACGGGUUAGUUAAGAAUCUAACUGGGACAAUUAGGGUAUUCCGCUCAUUUCCUGAUCACUUCCAGCUGCCCGGUGGCAUUUAGCCAAAAUAUGUAAUUUUGUGGCAUGUGUUUGGAAACUUUUAAAAAUAUUUGUUAUUACUACCCAAUUUCGUUAUCCUUCCAUUCUUUUUCCAUUCCACUCUCUUCUCAGUUGAAUUUUGGCAUUAUUUUUAGUGGCCUCUAUUAUCUAAAGAGCUAUAAGAGUAGAUAAAACUUCUAUUAAAAGUAGAAAUAGCAGUAUAAAUAAUUCUAGUGGAUCCUGUAAUGAGUGCCUCAAAAUAUGCAUUAUGCAAUUUCACAGAUUAACAAACUAAUUGAAGGCAACAAUUUAUUAAGUUUCCUAUAUGAGGUCACCUUGAAUUUAGAUAUUGUACAUAAGCCAAAACUAAACCCUGUGUAUCAUCUUUGGUAUUCUUCCCUAAUGUGAAAAGUGGUUUUAUCUGUUACCCACAUUAGAAAGACUUAAGAAAGUACUGAUUUGUUUCUAAUGCCCAUUUUUUCUUCUUAAAUAUUCUAACUCCAGGAUUCAUUUCCUCAAGUCAAGAUGUCUCAAGUUUAAAAAUAAAACUUGAGACAGAGGAGUUGUUCACUUUGUUGAAGUUCAUUAAACUAGAGAAAUUUUACUCACAGAUGCAUUUAAAUAUAGGUUCAGUGGAUAGUUUCUUUUCUCCUUCCCCAAAUAACAUUCAGCAUUUCAAGCUGUUUAUAACUUGCCAUCAGCAUUAUCCUGGUGGGCUUGUCAGUGUUAAAUCUGUUUGUUUUAUUUUUAAAGCUUUUUAAAGUUUUAUUUUAGGAUAGAUGAAUUCAGAUACCUGCCAGGGUUUGUAUGCUGCAAAAUGUUCUUGAUUGAAGAAAUUUGUUUGUAAAUUAUCCAUUGUUUUUGAGUAUGCCCAAUUGAUGUGAUAAAGUUUUGUCUUAACCAUAAAGCCUUGAUGAUCAACAGAGAGAAAGCAGAUAUUGUGAAGCUUUUGUGAACUUUAAAAGUGCAAAAUAAAGCAACCAGUUUUAAAUAA